CGCUGGGUCCCUGUCGAGUUUACUUCUCUGUCUACUACGCGCCACAGUCGAAGAAACAGAAUUACGAAUUUGUGCAAAAUCACUUGCCGGCGGACCCGUUAAACACUGAAAAAUGGAAUGUUUAAUUGGAAUACAGGGGAAAGAUUUUGUGGUCACAGCUGCAGAUACAGCAACAGCCAGAAGUAUAGUCAGCAUGAAACAUGAUACAGACAAGAUGUUCAAGUUAGGGGGAAAUUUAAUGAUGUUGGUUAGUGGAGAAUCAGGUGAUACUGUCCAGUUCGCAGAGUAUAUGGAAAAGAAUAUACAGUUAUACAAGAUGAGAAACGGUUAUGAGCUGUCUCCUGAUGCUGCUGCCAACUUUAUCAGAAAAAAUUUAGCUGAUUAUCUGAGAAGUCAGACCCCUUACCAGGUUAACUUACUGCUAGCUGGAUGUGACAAGCAAACGGGGCCAUCACUAUAUUUCAUGGAUUACUUAGCAUCUAUGAAUAAAUGUCCAUUUGCAGCACAUGGUUAUGGAGCUUUUUUCUCCUACAGUAUAUUGGAUAGAAAUUACAGGGAGGAUAUAACUGAGGCUGAAGCUGUGGAAUUAUUGAAGAAAUGUAUAGAUGAGAUACAACUGAGAUUCAUCGUAAAUUUACCAUCAUACACUGUACGUGUGAUAAAUAAAGACGGAAUCAAAGACCUGCCAAACAUAUCUCCAAAGAGAAUCCAAGUAUAAACACAUUGAUCUGAACAUGACCUUUCUUAACUAGUAAUGUUUCCAUCUUAAAUGUUAGUUGUCAUAUUGAUCAUUACACAGUUUUUUUCA